GAGUUGCUGUUGCUGCAACAAGAGACAAGACGCGUCUUGGAUCACAAAUAGGGGGGAUGCAGUGCGCAUGCGCAGUGCGCUCCGUUUACUGUAGGAUAUUCACCGUGGAGAGGAAGAAAAAAAAAAGAAGAGGAGGAGGGCAGGCAUCAAAUCUGGCUUUUUGAAAAACGGCAAAAAACCCGACUUGUGCAAUGUAAACAGGAGGGGGAUGGAUUAUCAACAGGUGUGAUGAGACAAAGAGACAAAGGAUGCCUUAGAGAAGAGGUUGCCUGUAUGCCUGGAAACCUCUUCAAAGCACACCACCAAAUGGAUCAGACACCUCCCCCCGCCACCUCUAGAUCAUGAUACUUGGCUGAAGCUAUUCUGCUACAUUUAUGAUCCCUCCUCCAUCUAUGGCGAACUAUAGCCAUGCAGGGGACCACACCAUCUUGCAGAAUGUCUCUCCUCUCGCCACAUUCCUGAAACUGACCUCCCUGGGUUUUAUCAUUGGAGUCGGUGUGGUUGGGAACCUCCUGAUCUCCAUCCUACUGGUCAAAGACAAGAGCCUGCACCGGGCGCCCUACUAUUUCCUCCUGGACCUGUGCGCCUCUGAUAUCCUGCGCUCAGCCAUCUGCUUCCCCUUUGUCUUCACCUCAGUAAAGAAUGGAUCUGCCUGGACCUACGGCACGCUGACCUGCAAGGUGAUCGCCUUCCUGGGUGUGCUCUCGUGUUUCCACACGGCGUUCAUGCUAUUCUGCGUUAGCGUUACCCGCUACCUGGCCAUAGCGCAUCACCGCUUCUACACUAAGAGGUUGACGUUCUGGACGUGUUUAGCGGUCAUCUGCAUGGUGUGGACGUUGUCGGUGGCUAUGGCGUUUCCUCCGGUGCUAGACGUUGGGACGUACUCCUUCAUCCGGGAGGAGGACCAGUGCACGUUUCAGCAUCGCUCCUUCAGGGCGAACGAUUCGCUGGGCUUCAUGCUCCUGCUGGCGCUCAUCCUCCUGGCCACGCAACUGGUUUACCUCAAGCUCAUUUUCUUCGUCCACGACCGUCGGAAGAUGAAGCCCGUCCAGUUUGUGCCUGCUGUCAGCCAGAACUGGACCUUCCAUGGACCAGGAGCCAGCGGGCAGGCAGCAGCAAACUGGCUGGCCGGAUUUGGUCGCGGCCCCACCCCGCCUACCUUGCUGGGCAUCCGGCAGAACAGCAAUGCAGCGGGUCGUAGACGCCUCCUAGUACUGGACGAAUUCAAAACGGAGAAGAGGAUUAGUAGGAUGUUCUACAUAAUGACGUUUUUCUUCCUGGCGUUAUGGGGGCCCUACCUGGUCGCUUGCUACUGGCGGGUGUUUGCAAGGGGCCCUGUAGUCCCUGGAGGCUACCUGACAGCAGCCGUGUGGAUGAGCUUUGCCCAGGCUGGGGUCAAUCCUUUCAUCUGCAUCUUCUCCAACAGGGAGCUGCGGCGCUGCUUUAGCACCACACUCCUCUACUGCAGAAAAUCCAGGUUACCAAGGGAACCUUACUGCGUUAUAUGAUGGUUUUACUGGAGUUUUUUUAAAUCAUCUAUGUCUCUAUUACCCUGAUUGAUCUUGAUCUGGGCUUGUCCCUGUUGUACAGUGCUCUCUCCCUCUUUCGAUAUCUUUUUCUCUCUUUAUCAUCCAGUUUUCCCCUCCUCCUCCUCUUUUCUCGAGGCCCUUCGUCUGGCUGAUCUGCCAGUCUCAUGGCUCUGUCGGGGUGAUUAAAUACAAAAAAUGAAAAGUCCAUCAAACAUGGAAAAGGAAUGGGAAUACGUACAAGGGAUGGAUCCCGUCCUGCGUUUAUGUUCUAGUAAACGGACAUCAUGGAAGGCCAUGCCAAUGCAGUGAAGCAAAAAGUUCCUCUUUUUUUUGGACAAAACUGACAAGAAAACCUCUUGCUUUGGAUACGAUGACGAUGCUUUACCUUGUGACGUGUGAAAUACAAAAAAAAGAAAAAAGAUUUGGAAAAAAAAAAGAACACGAAACAAAGAAACAAUACCUCUCAAGGAAUUAUUGGAAAUGUUUUACAGUUUAAGAGUUGCACUAAAAGAAGAUGUAAAGACGCUUUUUUGUGGGGGGUUUUCUUUUCGGGUCUUUUUGGUCAACGGUUGCCAGCUGCAUAUUGCAAGGACAACUUUUUCCUCUCUUUUUGUCCCCCCACCCCCUUUUUAUUCUUCUCAUAGUAAAACAAUGAAUGCUUUGAUUUGCAACAGACAACACAAU